AUGUGGGUGUUUUACUUGAUAUCUCUGCCCUUGACCAUGGGCAUGGUGGCCUUCACUCUCCAUUACUUCGCCGGCCCCGAUGUUCCUCGCUACGUUCGCUUCACCGUUGGCUACGCCUGGUUUUGUUCGCUCUCCAUCAUCAUCCUCGUCCCCGCCGACAUCUGGGCCCAGGCUGCUGUAGGUCACGACAAGAACGGAAUUUCUUUCUUCUGGAGCUGGUCAUAUUGGAGUACAUUUAUACUCACGUGGGCUGUGGUGCCUAUACUUCAGGGUUAUGAAGAUGCCGGGGACUUCACUGUUGCAGAAAGGUUGAAGACUAGUGCUCAUGUAAACUUGGUUUACUACUUGUGUGUUGGCUCUAUUGCACUUUGUGGAGUUAUACUGCUUAUUGUUCUGCACAAAAACUGGGGUGGAAGUAUACGUGGUUUUGCUAUGGCUUGCUCAAAUACAUUUGGCCUGGUUACUGGUGCUUUUCUUCUUGGUUUUGGUUUGAUUGAAAUACCAAGGGGCAUUUGGAAAAACGCUGAUUGGACCACUCGUCAAAAGUUUCUUUCUCACAUAGUAGCUAAAAUGGCUGUUAAACUUGAUGAUGCUCAUCAAGAUUUUUCAAAUGCUAUUGUAGUUGCCCAAGCAACAUCAAGGCAGAUGUCGAAGCGUGAUCCUUUGAGACCUUAUAUGAGUGUUAUCGAUAAAAUGUUGGCUCAGAUGCUCACUGAAGAUUCUUCUUUCAAACCCCAAGGUGGAAGGUUAGGUGAAAAUGAUAUGGACUAUGACACUGAUGAAAAAACAAUGGCAGCACUAAGGCGUCAACUAAAGAAAGCACGAGAGCAAUAUUACAGAUAUAAGAGUGAAUAUAUGAAAUACGUCACAGAAGCCCUUGAGCUGGAAGAUACUAUAAAGAAUUAUGAGCAUCACACUGCUACUGGAUGGAGAUAUAUUUCGAGCUUUAGGGCUGAAAGAAGUGGCAAACUAGGGUCUGUUCUUGAUGUGAUUGAGCUGGUCUGGCGCUGCAUACUAAGAAAGCAGCUUGAGAAAUUUUUGGCUGUAAUAUUGGGUUCCAUAUCAGCCGCGAUUCUCCUAGCCGAGGCAACUAUUCUGCCCAAUGGUGUUGAUUUAUCUCUUUUCUCUAUCCUGAUAAAUGCUGUAGAAAAGCAUGAGGUGCUCGUGCAGGUUGCUGCUUUUGUUCCUUUAAUGUACAUGUGUAUAUGCACAUACUACUCCUUGUUCAAAAUUGGAAUGUUGACAUUUUACUCCCUGACACCAAGGCAAACAAGUUCAGUCAGUCUGCUCAUGAUAUGCUCGAUGGUUGCUCGGUAUGCACCACCAAUUUCUUAUAACUUCCUCAACCUUAUUCAUCUUAACAACGGUGCUAAGACCAUUUUUGAAAAGAGGAUGGGGAACAUAGAUGAUGCUGUCCCUUUCUUUGGCAAAGGUUUCAAUAAGAUUUAUCCACUUAUAAUGGUCAUAUACACCAUACUGAUAGCAGGCAACUUUUUCGAUCGUGUCCUUGAUUAUGUUGGCAACUGGAAGAUAUUCAGAUUUCAGAGUGAGCAAGCUGAUGAUUUAGAUGGAUUUGAUCCCUCUGGAUUAAUUAUAUUGCAGAAAGAGCGAUCUUGGCUUGAACAAGGUUACAAAGUUGGUGAGCUUGUCAUUCCGUUGGCUAGAAAUUUCAGUACCACAAGUUUGGACCUGGAGUCUGGCACCAAUAAAGUGGUUAACCAAGGGACAAAAGCAUCAGCCAGCUUGAGGGAAGAGGAGAAGAGCAGUUAUUCAAGGCCUCUCGACUUGGAGGCACAAAAUUACACAAGCAGAGAAAGCAUUAGCAGAAAGUACGCUGCCAUAAGAGCGCAAGAUAUCAAGCAAGAAAGAGACUUGAGCUUGAAAGGAGACAUCCACUCUACUCCUCCACAUGAUGCAGAAAAUUCGCUGACUUCAAAAGCUGAACCAUCUUCUGGUUUAUCCUCUACCUGGCAAUCAGUGAAGAUGGGUUUUCGCCAAUUCAAGUCUAACAUUGAGGCAAAGAAGUUCAUUCCUUUACGGCAAGUUCAAGAUACUAAACACUUUCGCGAUUCCUCCUCUGAAUCCCUGGAUGAAAUAUUUGAGAGAAUCAAGCGACCUACUUUAGACCAUAGGAAUCAUGACAUUGAUGAUGAUGACGAUCUUGAUGAUUGUGGAACUCACAUCAGAAGGCAUGGGCCGAGCAUAUGAUAUUGCGGACUCCCUAUAAGAAGAGCCUAUUGAUACUUUUGUGAGAAGAGAUAGUAAGGACAUACGCUUAGAUAAUUUUUGUUGCAGAGCAGAUCUCAGAGGAAAUUUUGGUGGGUUCUGAAUGCCCCCAGUUGCAAAUUUUGGCAUUGGAUGAUCCACAACACAGGUAGAGGAGUAAUGUCAUGCAUAUACUGUAAAGAAAGUAAACAAUUUGUAUCAUAUGCCAGAUACUACAGCCAUAUGAAUUUGAUAGAGCUGCAAAACACUUUUGUGCAACAUUUAGUACACUUGCAACUCCAUCCGGUGCUAUUGAGGCUAAAAUCCUGUAAAUGACGAAGCACAAAAUGGGUUGAUGCCAUUUUCAUG